UUUUAAUUCACUUGAUUUUUAGAUUCACUUGAUAUAUAUUUGUUGAUCAUAAUUUUUAUCUUUACUUUCUUCUUCCUCUUCUUACCAAAUCUAGUAAAAAUUAGUCUCUACACGCCCUAAGUCAGAAUUGGCCCUAGGCAAAUAGUUCUCUGUAGCUGGGAUGCGUCUUAGGCCAGCGCUGUCCCUGGUAACAGCUUUAGUGAAACAACGCUUGCUUCCAUUUUCUCAGGCCACUUCCUGAGGGGCAUUAGCCUGUUUGGUAGUGAGGAAGCUGCUCUCCGGCCCCCACAUUCAGGUACUGCGGGCCGGGUCCCAGCCGAAGGCUCGGCGGAUCGGCCUUGUCAACCGCGCGCUGAAGCCCCGCCCCCAGACGGCUCGACGAACCGCCGCUUCCGCGACGUCCAAUGAGACUUGCCCGGAGGCGGGACCGGCCGUCGCUGAGGCCAAUCUAAUCGGUCAGGGGCGGGGCCGCGGCGGGUGGGAGCGGAGCGGCGCACAGCUGUCUCCCCGGGAGAGCCGGCGCGGGAGCGCGCAGGAGGCCUGGCGUGCGCGCGCCGCCGCCCCUGGCCGCGCAGCCCCUCGCCCUCCUCGCCCUCCUCGCCCUCCGGGUGGUGGCACCGUCCCCCCCACUCUCCCGCCGCCGCCCGGACCGGGGCUCGGGGUACGGGCGGGGGCAGGGCGGGAGCCGCGGGGCGAGCGCCUGAGGUGCCUGGAGAGCCAUGGAGUUGAGCAGCAAGAAGAAGCUGCAUGCCCUGUCCCUGGCUGAGAAGAUACAGGUGCUGGAGCUCCUGGAUGAGUCCAAGAUGUCCCAGUCGGAGGUGGCCCGGCGCUUCCAGGUCUCCCAGCCCCAGAUCUCACGCAUCUGCAAGAACAAGGAGAAGCUGCUGGCAGACUGGUGCAGCGGCACCGCCAACAGGGAGCGCAAGCGCAAGCGGGAGUCCAAGUACAGCAGCAUCGACGAGGCUCUGCUCUGCUGGUACCACAUCGCCCGGGCCGAGGCCUGGGACGUGACGGGGCCCCGGCUGCUCCACAAGGCCAAGGAGCUGGCCCACAUCAUGGGCCAGGACUUUGUGCCCAGCAUCGGCUGGCUGGUCCGCUGGAAACGCCGGAACAACGUGGGCUUCGGGGCCCGCCAUGUCCUUGCACCUCCGUUUCCCCCUGAGCCACCUCCUCCUUCAGGCCUCACGUCCCAGACCCAGCUGCCUCUUUCCCUUAAAGACUUCUCCCCAGAGGACGUGUUUGGUUAUGCUGAAGUGCCCUUGCUGUAUCGGGCAGUGCCUGGCAGAGUGGGCACAGGUGAUCGAGUACAGGUGCUGCUGUGCGCCAACGCCAGGGGCACAGAGAAGCGGCGGGUACUGGUCAGUGGGCUCCAAGCUGCACCAAGGUGCUUCUUUGGGGUCAGCAGCGAGGCUCUUCCUGCUUCCUACCACCCUGACCUGGGCAUCCCCUGGUCAGAGUGGUUGGCACAGUUUGACCGGGACAUGGGGAGGCGGGGCCGACAGGUCGCCUUGCUGCUGGCUGCCCAAACGGCGGAGAAGUUGGCAGGCCUGUCUGGGCUCUGCCAUGUGAGGCUCCUGCCUCUUUCUACCGCCAGCACCGCACGUUCCCUGCCCAGCUCUGUGGUCCGGGCCUUCAAGGCCCAUUACCGGCACCGUCUGCUGGGCAAGCUGGCAGCUGUCCAGAGCGAGAGGGCCGGCACUUCGCUGGCUGAGGCCGGGGCAGGCAUCACCGCGCUGGACACUCUGCACAUGGUGGCGGCUGCCUGGGCCAAGGUGCCUCCCCCGUCCAUCGUGAGCAGCUUCACUCGGGAAGGGCUGGCUCCCUGCAGAGCGCCCCUGUCCCCGGACAAAGCCUCUGCGAUGCCCCCGGUGCCCUGCGGCCUGAGCCCCGAGGACUUCUCCCGCUUCGUGGACCUGGAGGGUGAGGAGCCCGUGUCCGGAGUGUGCAAAGAGGAGGUGGACACUGAAGACGAGGGGCCUGGUGAGGGCGGCUUCGAGCCCCUGCCCACCAAAGCCGACGCCCUCCGGGCCCUGGGCACGCUGAGGCGGUGGUUUGAGUGCAAUGGCGCCUCCCCGGAGCUGUUUGAAAAGUUCUAUGCCUGCGAGGAGGAGGCGGAGCGGCUCUGCUGCCUGUGAGGGCCCCGCUGCUCUCCCGUUUCCCAUGGAAACGCCCUCAGAUGCAGAGGGGAGGCUGGUCUGUUUCCCAUGGAAACGGGCUUUUGUGAAAGGUGAAAAGGAAGGCAGGUUGGGAGACCGAGUCUAAGCUCUGAACAAGUUCUCAGCCCAGGGAAGAGGGACCCCGGGGCCUGACGCCAGGCGGGUAGUUUCUGAACCUCUUCACAGACAGGCUUCACAGACAGGCUGAUGCCUUGAACUCUCUGUGUUUAAAACAGUUCUGCUUCUGAAAAUAAAGUUUUUAACGAGGAAAGAGGCCAGGGUGUAAUUUUCAGGGGAGAAGGAUGGAAACUUGGAACUCGGAUUUUUAUUUUAAUCCUCACCUGAGGAUAAGUUUAUUGAUUUGAGAGAGAGUAGCAUUGAUGAGAGAGGAACAUUGAUCUGUUGCCUUCUGUAUUCUAAAUAGACAGGAAAUGUUAGUUUAGGGGUAGAGGGAGAUUGAGACAAAGGAAGACCAUGACAUAUUUUAUAUUUAAAAAAAAAUCUAAUUCUAGUUGCGGUAUGGAAAAGUGGGAAGGUGGGGAGCAAAAGUGGAAACCCGAAAACCGAGUCAGGAAGCUGCUGAGUUGGUGGGACUUCCUCAUGGAUAGGGCAUCAGGUGUGAAGGGGUGAGAGGAGCCGAAGAGGACUAUUUCCAACAGAUCAAGUUUUUUAAAAUCAAGGUCAAGGCAGUUCUAUUCAAUUUCGCAGGUACUGCCACGUGCAAAGUAAGGGAUGGCAAAAAACAUUCUGUACAUUAUUUCACUCCUUUACAAGCCUGUAACGGACACCCCUGUGUUCAGAAGGCAUACAAGGCUCCAGGGCGAAGGUGAGUAAGGCACAGUCCCUGUUCUAGAGGGAGAGAUAGCAAGUGACCGACUACAUGUCAGUAAUGUGGCUUAAACGAAUUGAUAUUUAUAAAGUGUUUUCUACUUGCCAGGCACUAUUUUAUUUUAUUUAUCUAUAUUGUUGGGGGUAUACCAGGCACUAUUUUGGGACACUCUGCAUUGUCAUCAUCAGUCUUGAGAAGACGCUGAACUGGAUGCAGAGCCCAGAGGCAGAAAGAUGGGUCCUGUCUUCUUAUAUCUCUGCAUUCUGCUCCAAUUCCUUCCCAUCUGCCUUCAGUUCUCUUCUACUGUGACAGUUCGUUGGAUUUUUUUUUUUUCAAAUAGCCAUAAUAAUUUUUAUACUGUCUUUCUUUUAAUUCUUUUUAUGCAUGGUUACUUUACAUUCUAUAUCUGAUAAACCUAAUAUCGGAAAUGCUUGGGGGCUAAAUCUGCUGUGGGUUUUUUGUUCUGGUGCUUUAGUUCAUAGUGGCUUUUUUCCCAGUGGGUCUGGUAAUUUUUCUAGUGGGAAUUUUUUUCGUUGGUUGCACUUUGUCUCAGGAAAACCUCAAGAUCCUGAUUCAGGCUGCUCGCCUUUCAAAAAAUUGUAGUUGCUCCAACCAGGCACAAGGGGGCGCUGGCACCACGAUAGAUUAAUUUCUGGGAGGAAGGUGUCCCAGCCCUCAGGUACCAUAAGGUGAAAGUACAGGCGUGUGGUUGGUUUCUGGUUCACCCGGGAGCUGAUCUUAUUCUUAAUUUCCCCCCACCACACACAGAGAGACAUAUUUCUUUGUAGGUUCCCCUUACUGGUGGGUGGAAGUUUUCUGGUCUCUGCUUUUGCUAAAAGUGUAGCCCCUUCCAAAUCUUGACUUAAUUUAUGAGACUUGGGUUCAGCUGGGACUCACGGUCUAUGUAGUCUUCUGUGUGGUUCUUUAAUCUUCAAGGUCAUGGUAUUAGCGUUUGCCCCAAGGAGACAACCUGGUUUACGCUCAUUCUGUCGUUUGAAGGGGUCCUUGGGAAGUUCCCGCACCAUUGGCAGAAUUAGUAAUGGUUCUUAAAUGGCGCCUGUUGUAUUGGGUCUGGAGUCUAGGCGCUUAAUGAUAGCAGGAUCCACAUAAAGUCUAGAGCGCUGGCCUGACAGAAGGGAAGUCGGGAAGAAUGGUUUUCUUUCAUUCAUUCAUUCACUUGUUCAAAAUUAUUUACUGAGCACCUCUGUAUGCCACCUAGAGUCAAAGUCACUGCUUCGUGGAGCUCGUAGUUUAGAGAAGAGACAGUUAUAAUCAAAGAGCACACAACUGGGAGUAUAUAAUUGCAGAAUGCAAGGACAGACAGCUAAAUCUGCUGUGUGUUUUUUGUACUGAUUUUUAAUUCGAUGGUGGCAUUUCCCCCCGUGGGUCUGGACAUUUUUGUUGUGGGAAUUUUUUCCCUGUGGUCUGGUAAUUUUUGCUGUGGGAAUUUUUUUGAUUGGUUGCACUUCAUCUCGGGAAAACCUCAAGAUCAUUGUAAGCUAAGCAACCAAGAGAAGGCGAAUGCUCAGAGUGAGCCUUGUAGACUGGAAGGAGCUUGCUCUGACUCGGAACAACAGGAAGCUGUCAAGGGGGACAAAAGGAGUAGGGUGACUUGAUCAGAACGGCAUUUGAAAAGUUAUUGUUCGGAUUCAGGAUGGGACCAGGGCUGUGGCACAGCACACCUCGCUUUAUUGCCCUUCACAGAUGUUGCACUUCUUACUAAUUGAAUGUAAGAUGCAUCACCAGCAAAAAGAUAGGACUUGCUGAAACCGGUUUGGCUCAGUGGAUAGAGCGUCGGCCUGUGGACUGAAAGGUCCCAGGUUCGAUUCCGGUCAAGGGCAUGUGCCUUGG